AUGGCCUUUGCCCGUGCCACUGGCAUCGUUAAUCUACUCCAAAGGGAUCAGGUUCGUGGUGCCACCCUCAAGGCCAACGGCCAAGCAAGAUUGCAGGGCCGUGCAGGCAGUGUUGCCGCCACGAACGCUGCCGAGGACUAUACCGUCGAGGUCAACAUCGGCUCUCCGGGCACCUCUUACACUCUCUCGGUCGACACCGGCUCUUUCAACACGUGGGUCGGUGCGGGCAAGUUGUUCGUGUCCUCUUCCUCCACUGUUGAUACCGGCGAUAGUGUGUUUGUUUCCUACGGCUCGGGCUACUUCGAAGGUACCGAGUAUGAUCCCUGGGCAACAGGAUUUGCCGGUGUUGACGGUAUCAUUGGUGUUGGCCCUGUAGAUCUGACUGAGGGCAGAUUCGGAAACUCAGACACGGUUCCCACUGUCACCGACAACCUUUGCUCUCAUGAAGUCAUAUCCGAGCACCUUGUCGCGGUCUCGUUUGAGCCCACGAAUGGUGAGCCCACCUUUGGUGGAACCAACUCCUCGAAAUACACCGGUCCCAUCGCUUACACGUCUCUCACGAUCACUUCUCCUGCUUCCUACUAUUGGGGCAUCGAUGAAUUGAUCGCCUAUGGCUUCGAGACCAUCUUAGGCAAUACCGCUGGUAUCGUCGACACUGGUACCACCCUCAUCCUCAUUGCUAGUGACGCCUACAGCGCGUACCAGAUUGCUACAGGCGCAAUCGAGGAUGAUAAUACCGCAAGACCUGCCAACGCCCAGAUCUGGCCGCGCUCGCUGAACAUCGCCAUUGGUGGCUCCUCGAGCGAUAUAUACCUCGUCGUCAGCAACAUCGGCAGCCCUUUCGGCGAGGGCUUCCACUUCAUCAACGCCUACACCUUCCUGGAGUGGUUCUACUCUGCGUUGUACCCUGGCAACAGCCGCGUUGGCUUCCCGACGACUUCAUACACGGAUGCUACGACCAACUAG